CGUUACAGUGACAGCUGAAGCGCCGACGAGGAAGCGAGUGUCCGGGCUCCUGCUGCUCUAUCUUUAUAAAACAAACAUUUAAAGAAGAAUCCACGGGUGGAAGUCAAACCCACGCUGCUUCGUGAACCAUGGCUGAAGGCGACAACAAAAGCGCAAACCUGCUCGCUCGGGAAACGGCUCUGCUGGAGGAGCAGCUGCAGGGCUGGGGUGAAGUGAUCCUGGCUGGUGACCGCGUCGUGCGCUGGGAGAAGCCCUGGUUCCCCGGAGCUCUGAUGGGCGUCACCACUGUGCUCUUCCUGCUGAUUUACUACCUGGACCCUUCAGUGCUGACUGGGAUCUCCUGCUCUGUCAUGUUGCUGUGCUUGUCUGACUACCUGGUUCCAACCCUCGCUCCCCGAGUCUUUGGCUCCAAUAAGUGGACCACCGAGCAGCAGCAGCGUUUCCAUGAGAUCUGUGGAAACCUGGUGAAGACCCAGCGCCGCGUUGUCGGCUGGUGGAAGCGUCUUUGUGCCCUGAAGGAGGAGAAGCCCAAGAUGUACUUUGCCUCGGUGAUCAGCAGCCUGUUGGCAGUGGCCUGGAUCGGACAGCAGGUCCACAACCUGUUCCUCACCUACCUGAUCGUGAGUGUGUUGCUGCUGCUGCCCGGCCUGAACCAACACGGCCUCAUCAGCAAAUACACGUCCAUGGCCAAGAGGGAGAUCAACAAACUGCUCAAACACAAGGAGAAGAAGAACGAGUAGACGCGAGAAGUGCCGACCAAGAGGGAGGACGACCACGACACAGAAUGGAGGGUGGAAGGAAGUUUGAACAAAGGAGGGGAAGAAAAGAAAAAAAGAUCCUCCUGUUUCCUCUUUGUUUUCUAUUCACACACUGAAUAAGUUUCAUGUCUCCUCACUAUUUGACAUUUUAUCACAUUUAGUUGUUUGUUCCUCCCUCAGCAUGCAGCCUCCACAUGAAGGUGACAGUCACCGGUGAAUUACACAGACUCAAAUCUUCCCUCUUUCUAUGUUUCUCCUCGUUAUCAAACGUCUGUGACGCUUUUAAACAAAGUGACUACUGAGCAAAAACUGCAUCAUCAUCAUCAUCAUCAUCAUCUUCUUCUCCUCAUAGUUAUGUUUGUUUUUGUCACGUUUAGAUCGUGAAUAUCAUGAAAACCCUUUUCUUUAUUUUGCUUUGGUCGUAUUUUAACUGUAGCACUUAAACUGGAUGUAAAGCAGCUCAGCUGGACUCUGGUCCGGACUCUGGUGUGUUAGCUCUGAUUUAAAACCCCACCAUGUGUCACUGGUGUGGGUGUUUGUGUGUAAAUAGGCCUUUUACCUCAGCCUGUCUCUGUGUCUCCUUCCCUUCUUUGUUAUUUAUGUUUUUUUCCUCAUUUCAUCGUUUGUCUUCAUUGCAGAUCUUUACAAAGUGAAUAAAGUUUGAUUUAAAUUAA